AUGUAUAAUUCUAAAGAAAUCCGAAAUGAAUGGAUUUACAAUUUGAGAUUUGAGUUGGACAAUACAAAAGCCGCACACAAAGUUUUGCUCUGGGCAUAUUUUUCAAUAGCUGUCAUUAUAGACUUUCGGAAGUGUGCCUCCCGGCGACAAGGCAACACGGGGGCCGGCGGAGGGGGAAUGUUUGGCGAUGUCAACAUUUCGGCAAUUUUGGAUUCUCUAAGCGUAAGCUAUGACAAGAGAGUACGACCAAACUAUGGAGGACCGCCUGUGGAUGUGGGAGUCACGAUGUACGUGCUAUCAAUCAGCUCCUUAUCUGAAGUUAAAAUGCUUAGGGAUAUGUCAACCUCUGAUUUGGUUUUCACUGCGCCCAUGGCGCUAAACUCACAACUAUUCGGCUUGAUUGCAGGACCGCCAGUGGAAGUGGGCGUCACCAUGUAUGUGCUCUCAAUCAGCUCCGUCUCCGAAGUGCUCAUGGAUUUCACCUUGGAUUUUUACUUUAGACAAUUUUGGACAGAUCCAAGACUUGCUUAUAAAAAGAGGCCUGGCGUCGAAACUCUAUCGGUUGGAUCUGAAUUUAUUCGAAAUAUAUGGGUACCUGAUACAUUCUUUGUAAAUGAAAAGCAAUCGUAUUUUCACAUAGCCACCACUAGCAAUGAAUUUAUUCGUAUUCAUCACUCUGGGUCUAUCACACGGAGCAUAAGGUUGACAAUUACGGCUUCUUGUCCUAUGGACUUACAAUACUUCCCUAUGGAUCGGCAGCUCUGUAAUAUUGAGAUUGAAAGCUUCGGCUACACGAUGCGAGACAUCCGAUAUAAGUGGAAUGAAGGCCCCAAUUCUGUUGGUGUGUCAAGCGAAGUGUCGCUACCGCAGUUCAAGGUGCUCGGCCAUCGUCAACGAGCUAUGGAAAUAUCACUUACAACAGGAAACUAUUCGCGUUUGGCUUGUGAAAUUCAGUUUGUGCGUUCGAUGGGUUACUACUUAAUCCAAAUUUAUAUUCCAUCUGGAUUGAUUGUUAUCAUAUCGUGGGUGUCUUUUUGGCUGAACCGGAAUGCAACUCCAGCUAGAGUAUCUCUUGGUGUUACUACUGUGUUGACUAUGACCACUCUUAUGUCUUCAACGAAUGCUGCGCUACCAAAAAUCUCAUACGUCAAAUCUAUAGAUGUAUAUUUGGGCACCUGUUUCGUGAUGGUCUUCGCCAGUUUACUAGAGUAUGCAACCGUCGGCUACAUGGCGAAAAGAAUUCAAAUGAGGAAACAACGAUUUACUGCUGUUCAAAAGAUGGCUGCUGAGAAAAAAAUGCAGAUUGAUGGGGCCCCUGGACCUUCCGAAAUUCCUCGACCAGAGCCUUUGCCACCACCAAGGACAAGCACUCUAGGCAGACCCGCUCCACCUAGCCGAUCUUCGUCCUAUAAUCCUCAUACACAGGAAGUGCGGUUCAAGAUUCAUGACGCAAAAUACUCUAGGAGUAGCACUUUGGAUAGUGCUCUGAAUGGCGGUCGAGGGGGACCGUCAUCAGCUCCAAUGCCUGUCCCCGUUCCGGUUCCAGUACAAGGUCCUGAGGAAGAAGCAGUGGCUCCACAUCUGAUUCAGGCAUCAAAGAGCAUCAAUAAACUACUCGGCGCUACUCCAUCGGACAUCGACAAGUAUUCACGCAUUGUUUUUCCCGUUUGCUUCGUCUGCUUUAACUUGAUGUACUGGAUUAUCUACCUUCAUGUAUCUGAUGUGGUUGCUGAUGAUCUUGUGUUACUUGGUGAAGAAAACUAA